AGCAACAAUCACAAUGGAAAGCUGUAGUUGUCACAGAAAAAGGAUUGAUGAGAACAAGAGCAAUAAAAAGGCCAUCCUCAGGCUAGUGAUUGCUUGUGUUAUGGCUCUAAUUUUCGUCAUUGGAGAAUUUAUAGGUGGAUACUUUUCUCAUAGUCUUGCAAUAAUGACUGAUGCUGCUCACAUGCUGUCUGACUUUGCUAGUUUCUUAAUUAGUUUGUUUUCUAUUUGGAUGGCAACAAGACCUCCUUCCAAACGAAUGUCAUUUGGUUGGUAUAGAGCAGAGGUAAUUGGAGCAGUUGCUUCUGUUUUUGUUAUUUGGAUCAUCACUGGUGCACUGGUAUAUGAAGCAGUGAAAAGACUGAUUCAUGACGAUGAAGUGAUUGAUGCUGAUAUAAUGCUGAUCACAGCCUGUGUUGGAGUCUUCUUCAAUGUGUUCAUGUGCAGUGUUUUGCAUCAACAUCAUCACGAGAAUGAGAAUGGUGGCUCGUUGUCUUUGUUAGAAAAUGAAGAAAAUGACGAAAAAAAUUGUUGGCAGAAAUUUAUUCCACGGUUAAGUAAUAAUGAGAAAAAGGAUAAAUCAAGGGGAAAAAAGAAAAAAAUUAGUAAAAAUAUCAAUGUACGUGCUGCUUUUAUUCAUGUUAUUGGUGAUCUUAUUCAAAGCAUUGGAAUUCUAAUUGCAGGAUACAUCAUUAAGUUCUUUCCUAAAAUGCAUUUCAUAGAUUCAGUGUGCACCUUCAUAUUCUCAAUCCUUGUCAUCAUAUCAACAUUCAGUGUACUGAGAGAUGCUGUACUCGUACUAAUGGAAGGUGUUCCAUAUAACAUUGACACUGAUGCAAUAGAGAAAGCUCUCAUGGAUUUACCUGAUGUGGCACUAGUUCACAAUAUUCAUGUAUGGUCAUUGACUGUAGAUAAAAUAGCAAUAGCAGUUCAUAUUGCAGUCGGUAAUAAAUCUGAUACUCAAAGUAUAUUAACAGAUGCUUCAAAUAUACUAAAAACUGAGUAUGGAUUUUCAAGCAUUACCAUUCAAGUAGAACACUUUCAGAAAGAAAUGGAGACUUGCGAAACUUGUCAAAAAAUACCACAGUGGAAGUAAAUGCUUAUAUAAUUAUGCUGAUGUUCGUAAACAAUAAAAACUAAU